AUGGUGAACGAUGAGCAGCAGCGGGUAGAGCGGUUGACGCGAUCAAAAGUGUUCGCCGAUGCAAAGCGAAGUUCCGCGAUAUCAGCAAUUAGGGCGAUACAUGCGUUAUCUUUACGUGCGCUUAACGAGCCUGACAUAGUGACCGAAUUUUUAAUAGCAGCCAAUGAUUUAGAAGGUCACUGGGCUCAAUUUAAGUUGGAAGACGCUUCUGUUUUAGAGCAUUUAAUUAAUCUCGAUAUGCCGGAUGAUUAUUCGGUGGACUUGCCGGCCGAAGUGCGAGGUCUGAUUAAUGCAUCGCGUUCGGUUGUAGAAAAGUUGACCCCGAAAGGCGCCGCGGUAAUUGAUUUAUCGUACCUUAAAGGUCAGUUAGCACCGUCUGUCACCCCGAAUGACCAGUUAGUUCCGGCAACACAAUAUUCACGACUUCCAGAUAUUCCGUUGCCCCAAUUUGACGGAGAUUAUCGUUAUUGGCCUACUUUCUAUGAUGCUUUUGAGUCUUUGGUUAACAGUCGGCCCAAUAUAUGUGAUAUCGAUAAACUAUAUUAUUUAAAGGGUUGUCUUAAAGGCCGUGCGGCAGAUGCUGUGAGAGAUAUACCGCUGUCUGCGGAUAAUUAUGCAUUGGUGCGGUCUACGUUAUCGGAGCGAUUUCAUCGUCCACGUCUAGUGGCUAUGUCUUUGGUAGACAAAUUGUUAGGCGCUUCGCCCGUUAAACAGGAGUCUCUUUCCGAACUUAAUAGUUUCAUGUGUUCAUUUAGUGAAAGUUUGUCUCUCCUCAACGCGUUAAAAGUUCCAGAUCUACGUUCUUUCAUUUUAUUUUCGGUUGCUUUUCGUUGUUUGCCGGUGUCGACGCGCAAUUUGUUCGAAACGAGUACAACAUCUGACUACCCGACAAUUGACGAGCUCAUGAAGUUUUUGCGAAACCGCGUAGCCGUAUUGGAAGUUGUAGGUGAACAUCGCGACCAACGCGCCGUCAUCGCGCAUCCAAAUUCGACGUCACAACAGGGCCACCUCAAGAAAGAUACAAAUCGAUCAGGGAAGCCGAGGUUUUCUUCCCACCCCACCGCGUUAGUUGCGACCAAGCCGUCGAGUUCGACGACUAAUAGUUGUCCGUGUUGUUCUGGUGCGCAUGGUUUAGGGGUAUGCGCUAGAUUUAAAACGUGGGCUGUUGACGAGCGCUCUCGCUGGACACGGGAGCGUAAAUUAUGCUUUAAUUGCUUUAGCGCAGGUCACUGGGCUCCUAAGUGCACCGCCAAGUCGCGAUGUCAAGAUUGUUCCCGGAGGCAUCACUCCCUCCUUCACCCACCUGCGAAUACUACGACCUAUAGUAGCGGUGAGGUACCACAGUCGGAUGUAGUAUUAUGCGCGUCUGCACCCGCGCCGCCCGUGUCUACGGCAACUUCGGUAUUGUUAGGAACGGCGCUAAUCCAUGUACGCGAUAGGGCGGGUUCUUGGCAAACCUUACGCGCGUUAAUUGAUUGCGCGUCGCAAAUUAGUGUAAUAACUACCAAAUGCGCCGAUCGGUUAGGACUUCGGCGCGAUCGAUGGACUACACCUGUAACAGGUCUGUCUGGCGUUUCAAUUAUGGAUGUCCAGGGCCGUGUCGAUUGCGUAAUACAACCGCGAUACUCAAACGAACCCGUGUUAUCAGUGCAGGCGUGGGUGCUGCCAUCAAUCACUAAUGAUCUCCCUAGGAAUAUUUUACCUAUAGGCAUAAAAGAUCGAUUUUCGAAUUUAGCGUUGGCCGACCCGUCGUUCCACAUUACAGCUCCGGUCGAUCUAUUAUUGGGGGGUGACGUGUAUGCCACAAUAAUGGACGGGCGCAAAAUCACGGUUGACAAAAAUCUCCCGGUCGCUUUCAGCUCGGUUUUCGGUUGGAUCCUGAUGGGACCAAUGUCCGAGGGCGAACUAGUACCAUUUCAUUCAUUACCGGUGUCCCUUACUAUAUCCUUAGAGGGACUCAUGCAUCGAUUCUGGGAAGUCGAAGAGCCUGAGGUUGCCCCGGAGACCUUUACAGAUGAUGGGCGAUGCGAACAAAUUUUCCGAGACGGACAUGUGCGUUUACCAUCGGGUCGUUUUGCUGUGCCAUUACCUUUCCGUGCACCCGUGUCAGACAAUACAUUUGCUCGAUCCCGUGAAACAGCAAUAAAGCGGUUCGAAUCGCUAGAACGCAAAUUGAGCACCGAUCUUAAGCUCAGGUCGCUGUAUAAAGACUUCAUGGCCGAAUAUCUUGCACUAGGUCAUAUGUCGGUCGCAACAACCCCAGGGCAGUAUUAUAUUCCCCACCAUGCUAUCUGUAAGAGUGACGGCGCAGAUACUAAAAUUAGGGUAGUUUUUGACGCGUCUGCGAAAGGUCCCACGGGUAUGUCGUUGAAUCGCGCGUUGCUUCCCGGACCCAAAUUGCAGCGUGACAUAGUUGAUAUCUUAAUCCGUUUCCGUUUAUUUCGCUACGCAUUCACGGCAGACAUCUGUAAGAUGUACCGUCAAAUUUUGAUUUUACCGGAGUUCCGCGCUUAUCAACACAUAUUGUGGCGCGACUCCCCUCUCGAUCAAGUGCUUGAUUAUGAACUCAAUACUGUGACGUAUGGGGUAAACUGCGCACCCUUCCUAGCACUCCGCGUGCUGCGCGCCAUAGCUGACAUUGAUGGUCCGUCGUUUCCACGUGUUCGCGACGCGUUAUGUCAUCAAACAUACGUCGACGACAUAUGCUACGGGGCAGACACUAUUACCGACGCGGUCGCGGUUCAAUCGGAAUUAAAUUCGGUACUGGCGCGGUCAGGUUUCGAAUUACGUAAAUGGUCAAGUAAUACCUCGGCUAUAUUGCAGGCUGUACCUGCUGACCAUUGUGUAGUAAAAUCUACGUCAUUCGCCGACGACGAUAGCGUAGGCACAAAGGUUCUCGGUAUACAUUGGUAUCCGAACGAGGAUUAUUUUUGUUGUGAACUACGUUUAGAGGUGUCACCAACAUACACGAAACGUGGUAUCUUGUCAUUAACGGCCCAAUUUUUCGAUCCAUUGGGUUUAUUUGCCCCUGCGAUUUUUUUGGCUAAGCAUAUUAUGCAACGUACAUGGCAGGCGGCAUGUGAGUGGGACGACCCAUUGCCAUGUGACAUCCACACUGAUUGGGCACAAUUCGUGAUCGAGUUGCCACAGCUUUCAACCGUUCGCGUUCCGAGGUUCUGCAACACCACUCCGGGUACGACAUGUUUUCUAUACGGCUUUUGCGACGCGUCGUUACGGGGGUACGCGGCUGUAGUUUAUUUGCGCGUACUUGACGCACCUCGAGAUUCUUCUGUCUUUCUUAUCGGUACAAAGACCAAAUUAGCUCCAAUGAAAGCGUUGACGGUGCCACGGUUAGAGCUUAAUGCUGCCUUGUUGCUCAUUCGAUGGUUGAAUCGUGUGAAAAUGGCCCUAGGGGAUCGCGUUACCAUUAUAGACACUUUCGCGUGGACGGACUCGUUAGUGGUCCUUUCGUGGUUGACUGUUCCCCACGAAACGUUUAAACAAUACGUAUCGAACCGCGUGCAUCAGAUCCAAUCCGUUUUACCCAGUUGUCAUUGGCGAUAUGUGUCGACAUUCGAUAAUCCCGCCGACUGUGCGUCACGCGGACUGAUGCCGUCAGAAUUACCACAAUUCACUUUAUAUUGGCUAGGCCCGAAAUUUAUCAGAGACCAUCCGAACGAAUGGGGGAGGGAUAAGGAUCGUCUACCGUGUUCAGACUUGCCCGAAGUCCAACCCAUAAACCUCUUAGUACAAUCUAAAGAUCCCCCGUCGGAGUGGUUUGCGCGCUUUUCAUCGUACGAUCAAAUGAUUCGCGUAGUUGCCAGGAUGCGCCGUUUCCUGCCACCAAGUCGUCGCCGUUCUGCCGAGGUGACACCUGUUCUCACGCGCAUCGAGCUCGACGAUGCGUUACGCGCUAUUGUUCUACAGUCACAACAGUUUUUUUUUUGCUGA